AUGGCUGCAAAGGUCUUGCAGAGUGGAUACUUCUGGCCUACUCUAUUUAAGGAUUUAAGGAACUUUGUGGUCAACUGUGAUAGGUGCCAAAGAACAGGAAACAUGUUUCAUCUCGAUGAAAUGCCUCAACAGCCCAUCCUGGAGAUUGAACUCUUUAAUGUGUGGGGAAUUGACUUUAUGAGAUUGUUUCCUCAAUCUGGUGAAUACUUAUACAUCUUGUUGGAUGUGGACUAUGUCUUGAAGUGCGUUGAAGCUAUCUCUUGUACGAAGAAUGAUGUGAUUACAAUCAGAAAUUUUUCAAAAGAACAUCUUCUCGAAUUUUGGGACACAUAG